AUGAAGCGGAGCGCCUCGGAGUUGGCCCUCGAGGAGUUCAACAGAAAGACCAUGACAUUGACCGUGUCAAUGAAUACGACCACCAUCUCAUCUGCCUCAGCCUCAGCCUCAGCUUCAGCUUCAGCCUUCCCUGAUAUUGGUGUUCAUCCGGCCAUCUCCCAUCGUUUUAAUUCUUUCCCCUUCUCUGAAUUUUCUAGGGAAGCAACUGAGCCUGUAAAACAUGUACCGUUAUCACAUAAUCUUACCCCAAAGUUCGAUUCCCAAUCAUCCUUCUGUGUUUCGGAUGUACGUAUUCAAUUAGGAAACGAGUCAUGGGGAAGUCCAGUACGUGAAGGGAAUAAUCCAAACGGUUGGGCGAAUAAAAUUAGAGCUACCGUUGCUUCCUCGGACCAUGAUCCAUAUGAAGAAGAAGAAGAAGAAGAAGAAGAAGAAGAAGAAGAAGAAGAAGAUGAUGAAGAAGACACAGAAACUGAUGCCGGUCAGCCCGAACAGAUCUUAGACCCCUCUCAUUUGAAACGACUCCGCAGGAUGCUCUCUAAUAGGGAAUCUGCCAGGCGAUCAAGGAAAAGAAAGCAAGAGCAUCUCGCAGAUCUAGAAUUCCAGGCUGAACAAUUGAGAGGAGAAAAUGAUUCCCUAUUCAAGCAGCUUACAAAUGCUGAUAAACUAUUUCGUGAUGCUGGCAUUAGCAAUCGAGCGCUCAGGUCAGAUGUGCUAGCCUUAAGAAACGAGGUGAAGUUGGCCGAGGGUAUACUUUCCGGAGGCUUCUUCGCAUGUGGUCUGAAUCAACUUGUUCAGAGUCACAUGACUUCAGCGCAACCGAUUAUUACUAAUAAUCUUGGGCGGGAGGUAAGUGUCUCCCCCACUGUUACCGUUCAUGGAGAUGGUUCCUCUUAUGAUGUAUUCACGGUUUUUGGGAACUCACCAAACGUUGAUUUCAGUCUGAAUAAUGUUGGAAUUGGUGGUGAUGCCGUGAGCUGUAUUACACAAGCUGUUUGGCCUAAUUAAGGAUUAAUAUAUAUCCCCUGCUUUGUAUAUUAGAUUUAGAUCCAGCUAAUGCCUUAUCUCUUCUACCACUAGUAUCCCUCCUUUCUCUUUCUUUUCCUGUGCCUAUUUUAUAAUUACACGUUCUUGCUUCAAGUAUUUCUUCUGGAUAUGCUGAUGUACUAUUACUACUACUUUAGAAUUAAUAGAUGGAUCGGAUGAUGGUAUAUAAAAUUAUGAAGUCGUUCAAUCGUGCAA